ACUACAUUCAAUUUCUUCAGUAUCAUACUAAUGGCGUACCCAAUCAGCCUGCUUCCUAUUAACAACGCAGAUAUCGAUUCGAUGAAUCCGUAUCGAGCACUUCCAUCGUCAAUGUCGUUGAUGAAGAACACUCUUCUUCGAGCAUUGAACAAUAUUCAUCAGUUGGCGCCGCGUCUAUCACCUGCGCAUCUUGCGACAUCCGACUUUUUGAGCUAUGUCGAUAACGUGUGUGGAGUGUUGUUGGUACACAUGAACAACGAUGAGACGUUCUUCAAGACACCGAGCCCAGGUGGCGUCGUGUUGGGAAACGUCCUUCAUUGUGCUGGUAUAUCGUCUGGCGUUGUGAGGAGGGUUGAGACACUGAGGGUGCUUGUGAGAGGAUGGAAAGAUAUCCCGCGGGAAUACAACGCCACGGCGAUGACGGGAGCUCUUGACUUCGGUGAAGACCUAGCUAGGGAGAUGCGAGAUUUGGUGGCCAAGGUUGAGCGUAGGAGGUUGGAACAGGCUGUGACUGCACAUGAAUUGACGAGCAUGAUCCAAGCCAACGUCGAGCGAUUUGCAUCACAGAAUGAUAUCACAUUCCUCGUUCCUUUCCUCUUUUCCCACCACGAUCGGUCGAAGUCGCCUAACUGGCCGCCCACCACGCCUGAGGGAAGGGAAGCACUGCCGUUGUUGGCGGAGCACCAUGCCGGUUGCUGGCGAUUGGCACCGUUCUCCGUGUUGACGGGUGAAGAGAGGGGAUGGGAAGCCUGAGCAUCCACGUCGGCUUCCGGGAUAUUAUGGUUAU